GCAACAAUGGUAAGGGUUGCCUACCUUCUAGCUAGUUUUAGUCGUCGUCAAAAAUGUUUUUUGUCUGCCAAUGCUAACUCGUAAAAACGUGUGAGUCAGUGUAAAGUUGAUGUUUCUGAGAUGAAAGCUUCCUGUCCCAAAUGAUGUGUCUGAGUGACAGGACAGUCCACAACAAUGUUUAUUAUGAUCUCCAACAGCCAGCGCAUGCAGGAAGUGACGAAAACAGCACGGUUGUACAUGGAAUGAGGGACUUGCGAGCUAGCCGUCAAGCUAAUUAUCUGAUCAACUAUUCUGGAUAAAUGUAAAAUUCGGUGUCUAUUUUUAGCCUCAAAGUUCGUUUCCCGCUUACAUACAGCUAAGAAUAUCUACAUGGAAGUCGGAAAGAUCAUAUCCAUCAGGGGAUCUAUGGGCUGAGCAUUACCAUAUAUAGGCCUUGGAAAAAGGCAUUUGAAGUUGCAGAUCCAAAAUGUAAACAAGAGAUUCUCAACCGCCAGAACAGCACAGUGGAGGACGAAGCAGGACAGCUGUCACCAUGUCGUCCCCAGAGCAAAUCAUUGCCAUUAUUAUGGACGACAAGACGUAUAACGUCAGUAAAACUAAGCUUAUUGAAAAAAGUGAUUACUUUCGUGCACUGUACAGUUCGGGGAUGCGCGAGUCAGGUGAGGACUCCGUUGAGCUACAGGGACUGAGUGUCCUAGGUCUGGAACUGGUCCUGGAAUUUAUCAACACUUCCAAAGUCAAAGUUGUUAACGAGACACUCGAGGAUUUGAUUGAAACCGCUUCUUUUUUGCAAGUGAGCUCAAUCUUGAAACUGCUGCUGUCGGAAAUCCGACAGGAUAACUGCGUGGAGUUGUACAAUCUCUCCGAGGUUUACGGGACAUAUGAUUUGCGAAAUGCAUGCCUUAAAUACAUGAGUUGGUACUACCAUCCGAUGGUCCGGCGACCCGAGUUUACAGCUUUGCCAGCUCCACUGCGAGAACAAGUCAAGGAAAUGCGCAUGAAGGGUACGGCUACUCUGGUCGCCAUCGGAGAUUUUAUUGGUACUUGUAUGGAUAUGACAGACCAGGACGAGCCGUGGUCCAUGCUACGUUAUGGAGAAGUCGAACAGCGAUGGAAGCCGCUCUCCAACAACUUGCCCCAUGAUAUGGUGAACGUGAGAGGAUACGGCUCUGCUGUUUUGGACAACUAUUUAUUCAUCGUAGGUGGAUACAGGGUUACGAGUCAGGAGAUCUCCGCAGCACACUGCUACAACCCCUGCAGGAACGAGUGGACUCACGUGACGCCCCUGAACCAGAAAAGGUCAAACUUCAAGCUCCUGUCCGUGAGAGGCAAACUGUAUGCAGUUGGGGGCCAGUGUUUGGGCACUGUGGAGUGUUACAGCCCAGACCAGGAUUGGUGGACGUGUGUAUCCUCGCUGCCCGAGCCCUUGGCAGAGUUCUCGGCCUGUGAAUGCCAGGGAAUGAUCUAUGUCAUGGGCGGCUACACUGCCAGAGACAGGAACACCAGCGUGCUGCGCUACUGCCCGACCUCUGACACCUGGAGCGUGAUGGACACCUGCUCGGUGCACGUGCGGAAGCAGCAGAUGCUGUCGGUGGAGGACACCAUCUACCUGGUGGGGGGGUACACCCACGAGCUGGAGACCUGGCGGAGGAGGCCCAACCAGACAGAGGACGUGCUCACGGUGCAGUCGUACAACGUGACGACGGGCGAGUGGCUGCAGCUGAAGGAGAACACCUCCAAGUCGGGCCUGAACCUGACGUGCGUGCUGCACAACGACGGCGUCUACAUCAUGAGCCGCGACGUCAGCCUGCCCACCAGCCUGGAGCACCGCGUCUUCCUCAAGUACAACGUCUUCUCCGACGCCUGGGAGGCCUUCCGCCGCUUCCCCGCGCUCGGCCAGAACAUGCUCAUCUGCUCCCUCUACCUGCCCAAUGUGCUGUGAGGCCCCUGCACCUGCCGGAGCCCGGGAGACAGGUUUUUGCACAGGACCCCUAUUGGGGGAGGUCAAGGGUCAGAGGUCGAGAGUUCAAAGGUUACAGGUCAGGGUGUUGCGGCUUGCCGCGGGGGGUUCACGCGGUCCCUGUUUUGCUCGUGCGAGGGGGAGACCAGAUGGCGUGUCCACAUUUGGAAUGGCCUGAGUCAGGAAGCAGCUUGUUGUCAUGAGUGGAGUGACCAACAACACACACACACACACACACACACACAUAUUUAUAUACACACACACACACACACACACACACACACACACACACACACACACACACACACACACACACACACACACAUACACACAUACAUACACACACACACACACACACACACACACACACACACACACACCCCACAGUUAAAAGUAACAGCUAGGAGAUUUGCAGCACAAGUGUGUUAAUUAUUACAAGGCUACAACAGUAAGCACAGCAGUGGGAGUUCCCUGCCAAAAGUCUAAAAGUAACAGCUUUUGAGUAUGAAACACACAUGUGUGCAUUACAACACUCUCCUA